AUGGGACAGAUGAGGUAUCCCAGAAGCUCGGCGCCUCUGACGUGUUUCUCAUGGCCUCCCGACCUGCAGGAGCCCCGUUCCGCCCCAGCUGCCGGCGGACAGACGGCGGAGGAGCCGGGGUCGGAGGUGGAGCAGCUGCGCCGGCAGCUGGCCGCCGUCGCCUCUGAGCGCCGGCUGGAGAAGGCGAUGGCGGCGGCUGCGCUGCAGCUGCAGCUGGAGCGGGUCCGCUCGCUGCAGGCCAGCGUGCAGACCGUCUCCGAGCAGCUGCGCCGCGGUCAGACCGAGCUGGCAGAGUGCCGAGCCGAGCGGGACCGCCUGCUGCUGCAGCAGCGCCGACCGUCCGCGUCCCUCGAGUCACAGGCCGCGGCGUCCAGCACCGAGGGUGUCGAGGUGAUCCCCGAGCCUGCUUCACACUCCGAGUCCCGCGAGGACCUCCUGCAGGGCUCCGAAAGCCCCGGUCAGAGCUCCGAGAGCCCCGGUGUCGACCUGGCCACCUGGCUGGGCUCGAUGCCGCGACUGCGCUCCGAGAGUCUGGACUUCCCGGCAGCCGGCCUCUCACACGGCCUGGGUCAGGAGCAGGAGGGUCAGGAGAUGGAUGAGCGACACCAGGAGUUGGAUCAGACCGCCGUCGAGCUGAGGAGAUCGCCACUGACAGCCAGUCCCGCUGCUCUGACGGCGGCAGGCCCGAUGUCGGUGUCGUUAGCCCGCUGUGACAGUCUGGUCGUCCCUCCGACGGCCGAUAACAGUGACUGGGAGACGUGGUCCGAGCCGGACCGGAGCGUCAGCCGGGCCCGGAUCGGACUGGAGAGGAGCUCGCUGGAGCCGCCGCCGGCCGAGGCCACCACCGACACCGACACCCGAACAGGCCGCUCCGUCCGCCGGCACUCCUCCACCGAGCUGCGGGAACUGGAGGGUCGGAUCGAGGGUCUGCGACACGUGCGGGACGGCCUCUGGGCAGAGGUGGCCAUCUGCCAGAAACUGGUCACCGGCGCCGGAGCCACCUCCCAACAACAGGCUGUGACGGUGCCGGUGGCGGUGCUGGAGGACGUCCAGCAGCUCCACCGGCGACUGGAGGAAGCCGUGGCCGCCAGCGGCCGGCUCUGCGGACGGAGGGAGGCCGAGCGGAGGUCCCCGCCGCCGCCCGAGCUGACGCUGGCGCUCACGAUCACUCAGGAGCAGCUGGCGGAGAGCACUCAGCAGCUGUCGGCUGCGCAGCAGCGCGCUCAGCGGCUGCGCAGCCGGCUGCAGCUGACGCGCGACCGGCUGCAGCUGGUCGAGCACGAGCGUCAGCAGCUGCAGCAGCAGCGGGACGAGGCCGCCCAACAGCUCAGCAGGCUCUCAGAGCGCCUCGAGCAGACGGAGGCGGAGCGGGCCCGGCUGGCCGAGGCGGCGCGCCGCCAGCCGGACCGCCCAGACGGCGGCGCGCUGCGGCGGCUCCAGCUGCAGCUGCAGCGGUCCGAGCAGCGCCAGCAGGAGCUGGAGCAGCUGGUGCGACAGCUGUCGGCCCAGCUGCACCAGCUGCCGGCGGCCGGCGGCGGCGCGGCGGCUGCCGAGCAGCGCGUGCGGCACGCCGAACAGCAGCUGCUCCAGCUGGGCAGACAGCGGCUGCGCGUGCAGACCGAGAUCGCCCGGCUGCGCAGCCGCGCGCGCCUGCUGCACAGCCGGCAGAGUGUGCACGAGAGCCAGCGGGCCGAGGCAGAGGCCGAGGAGGCGGCGGCGGCGGUGGCGGAGGCGGCGGGUCAGUCUGACUACAGUCACUACUAUCAACAGCACCAGCAACAACAACUGCAGCAGCAGUCUCAGCAGCGGCGGAGGAGAAGGAACAGCAACACACCAGCCCCGGAGGAGAGCCGGCUGGUCAGGGAACUCACAGAACAACUGGAAAAGGCGCGAGCUCAGAUCGAUAAAAUGCGCGCCAACGCCCACGACUAUGACGAGGCGGGCCACUCGUGUCCAGAGUCGACACGCAGCUGUGAGCUGCCGCUGGCGCCCUCCUCCCCGGGCGGGCCGCGGCUCAGCAGCCACUCCGAGUCGGACCCGCUCGAGCCGCUGCGAACCAGCUGCGGCCAGCCGGCCUACUCGUCGCCGGACCUGGGGAUCGAGUCGGACUGCCAGCGCUGCUCCUCACGGACCUCCAGCACCACGGUUCUGUCGCAGCGGCUGAGCGUUACCGAACGGACGCCGCUGCCGUCUGGAGGCGAAGCUACUCCCGUGGCGGGGGCGGGGGCGGGGGCGGGGGCGGGGGCGGCGGAUCCGGGCGCCCUCGCCUCCACGCGCGCCGCCCUGCACGAGGCGCUGUCUCGCCUCAGCUGGAGCGAUUACAGCAAGACUGCUCCGAGCGCCGCCUGUCGGGGCGUUGGACAAUCUCAGCUUCUGUCCCCGCGCACCAGGGGAGGUCUGCGCCGGCCGGUCGCUGGGGCAGUCAGUCCUGCCGCGAGGUGAUAGACAAGAAAAUGAGGGGGAGGGGGUCAUUUUGACGGAGAUCUCGGGGGAGGUGGGAUGGAGACGGACAUGUGCCAAAUGAGCGGCUACGGUUGCCGCCAGCUGAAUGGUAGCGUCUUCCUGUUCAGUGAUAUCGUGCGGUCGUGGUGAGGUCAAACGUGUUGCAUUCGUUUCCAUUGUUCGCUGUGGGUAUUGACUAUGUCAGAAUGGGAUAAAGUGUGUCUCAUAUUCCACAUGUUCCGUCUGAGAGUGGAUUGUGUUGUCGAUCACAUAUAAGGUGCCAAUGUGUGUGUGUAUUUGUGACCGCCUGUGGCCCUGUUCCAAAUGUGAUGACGCAUUUUGAUACAUGUAUUAUUCCUGAAUACCGUCUUUGCACUGGUCACGAUUGAGAAAAUAUGAACAUGAAGUCUCGGUGAGUUGAUGCCAGAUGGUGAGGGGCAUAUUUCGUUAUCAUAUAAUCAUAUAAGAGACUACACAAUUGAGCACAGGUGUCACUAAUGCCCAUAACAUUCAGCAAAAUCACAGGAUAAAACUGUUUUCAAUCACGAUAAAUGUAUUUGUGCAUUACACGAGAAGUGCUUAUGCUCGAUAAUAUUACAUGGGUACACAAUAUUUCCAAUAACAGAUGACCAUCAGCUUGAGAUGAUCUCACAUUGCAGAUCAGGACACGAAAGUCGGAAACUCUCCUACCCAUAACAUCCACACAUGCGUACAAUAAUCUAUCGACAAAGAAAAGCUCGUUUAUCAUGCACAUCACACGGGCAUCGUCAAUCACAUGCCACGACGACCACGGACAAAUAAGAUGUUAUGGGUUUACGAGGGCUGAAAGCUCUGAAGUCAGAAAGGACGGAAGAUAAGUUAACAUUAGGGAGGGGAGAAGGGUAGUUUGAGGAACAGACCAUUGCUCAGUUACAGC